AUGACAGAAGAUGAGGUAAAACUUCCAAACUUCGUUGCUCAAUUACAGAAGGAUAACCAACAACUUCGAGGGAAGUUAAAGGAUAUGAAUAAAGAUAUGAUACCCUUAUAUACACUUGAACUAGCUAAAAACGCGAUGAACAUAAUAGAGAAGGAUACAUGUGAUGUUUAUCUUUGCUCAGGGAUGAGCAAUACUGGAUUACAUAAGAUCGAUUUCGGAUGGGGUAGGCCUGUAAGAGUAACCCUAGCAACACAUCCAAUGAAGAACAACUUCAUGUUCAUGGAUGAACCAAGUGGAGAUGGGAUAAAUGUACUAAUCACUUUAACAAAAGAUGAUAUGUUGAAUUUUCAGAACAACAAGGAGCUUCUACAGUUUGCUUCUCCAGUUGUUGAAUCAACCAAAUAA